AUGACAACUUUGACAUUAUCCAAUCUAACCUCACUUGCGCCCCACAACUGGCACGUUCAAUGGAAGACAGCAAACGCGACAUCAACAAAACAAAACGCUCUCGCACCGACCACGUCAAGAACAUCGUCCACUCGUACCUCCAGAAACGUAACUACGCCUCCAUCGGUCUCCAGGAGAACUCGCAAAUCGACCAACAACUAACCUACUCUCUCGUUGAGAGCGAAAUCAGCCGGCCCAACUCCAUCCUCUACAGCUGCUACAACAGCGACCCGAUAGUCAUCGACCACAACUUCACCAAGUUUCUCUCCUGGGUAAAAGACCUGGUCAAAAACAGGAAUAUCUGCCACGACAUUGAACACCUAAUCGCCCCGCUUUUCUGCCACUUGUACUUGGACAUUUUGAAAGGGGGCCACUCCGAGCGCGCCGCCACCUUCCUCAAGGCCCAUCUACCAGCCAUAGAUAAGUCAAAAUGCGACGAGUUCGUGAAAGAUUUGAUAAAUUUGUUCGCUAACGACUGUGACGCGACUUGCAUGAUUGAGCAGUUUAGGGGAAACAAAUACUUUUUGGAGUUGUCGCCGCAGACGCUGAAUUUAUUGAAGAAGUUCGUUGUGGAGAACUGCCACGUGGUGUUCUUGCACGUGCUACAAACGUGGUUCGAGUUGCAGCAAAGAGACGAGAAGGAAAAUGAGAUUGAGGAGAAGAUGGAGGAGAAGGGGGCGACGAAUGGAGUGUGCGUCGAUGAUAAGUUCCAGAAGAUGUUUGAAGUGAUUCAAGAGUUGGAAAAGGAGCCAAAACAAAUUUUUGUGAUCAAUAUAGCAUACACUAAUGAGGUGAUAAAUUGUGGGUUGAUUAGACGGGCUUGUGGGUUGGUUGUGUACAACCAGAACAACGUUAUCCAUUUGAGGCCCAUCCAUGCCUAUGAUCCCAUCAUGGGAGUUAGUGAUUGCAAAGAAAUUAAGUUAACUGAGCAUUCAAAACGAGUUUAUUCUAUAACUAUAUCGCCAGACCAUACUCGGCUGGUCACCACAUCAGAAGAUUCCACCUUGUGCAUUUAUGAUUUAAGCGAAAUGAGUUUGAUUAAGACUUGCACAGGCCACUUAGGUCCAAUUUAUUGUAGUGCUAUUAGCAGUAAUAGUGUGUAUGUGGCAUCAGGCUCUCACGAUAAUACAGGACGUUUAUGGAACAUAGACACUGGACAGACCCUACGGGUGCUUGUAGGGCACACCCAAGCCGUUACCUGUGUGGAUUUUCAUCCCAACUGUUUGUACAUAGCUACGGGUUCUGCGGAUCGGAACGUGCGUCUUUGGAGUGUUGAUAAUGGGAGCCCGCUCCGGUUAUUUCACGGUUGUAAAGGAGUAGUGUAUAGCCUCGUUUUCAGUCCUUUAGGAGAUGUAAUAGCCACUGUGAGUGACGAUAAGAAGAUAAGAAUUUGGGACAUUUUGUCAUCAAAGGUGAAUAGUGAGAUAAAACAUAAAGGGGACCCCGUGACGAGGCUAGCUUGGAGUAAAGAUGGUAAACAGUUAUGCACGGGUUCAAUCGAUGGUGUUAUCAGGGUGUGGGAUUUUGACCCAAAUCAAGAUUCUGAUAAGAAUCAAGAACCCAGUUUGAAUUUCAACGUCAAUGGAAAAAUCCUUGCUCUAGAGUACUCUUUUGACACAUUUGCUUGUAUAACCACUCCAGAUAAAACUGUUUGAGUUGCA